AUGCCACCAAAAAAAGAAGAAAGAAGGCCCCUUGAACCAAUCUUUUCAUAAACCACCUUUCCUUUCUAUUAGUAUCAAACCUAUUAGCAAGAUAAUUUGGAUUAAGUGUCAUAAUUUUUGACAUACUUCAAACCAGAAUUAUUAUAAAUGAUGAAAAACAAUAUUUAAGAUAAUAUGCAGAUAUUGUGUUAAUCCAUCGGAAUCACUCUCCAUCCAACAUUUGUAAAAGUUAUUCAAAGUUUGGACAUAAAUGAUUUCGAUGAAAACAAAAAGUUCAAAAAUCCAGAGGAAUAUGAAAAUGAUCAAACUUCUUAGGUUGUUUUUUUUAAUUCUGUAUAUAAUCAGAUUAAUAUAGGUGAAAGUUGAUAUAAUAACAUUAAAAUUACUUGAAUUUUGUUCAUAUCAGAGUGGAGUUCAAACUCUAAAAUUUUGCAAUAAUGAUUUAGGUUAAGCUGAAUAUUAAAUUAUUUCUUAACUCAUAAGUAAUGCUGAAUGUAAAAUAAAAAAAUUGUACAUUGAUUGGUAAUAAAUUUAACCAUAACUCUUUUAAUCAAAUCAUUUAUUAGAAUAAUUAUAUUUGAGAUCAUGCUAAAUAAGUAUUUUAAUUCUCUUUAUAUAGAGUUACCUUUUAUUGAAAUUCUAUGCUAAAAUAUGAGAAAUUUAAAAGUAUUAGAUUUAUAUGAUAAUUAAUUAUCAAAAGAAGCAUUUAAUUUAAUAGGAACAGCUCUUAAGGAAAAUACAUUUUUAGAAUAGCUAGGAUUAGCAAAAAAUUAGAUAAACUCAUUAGAUUAAUUAUCUGAAAUCAUGCAAAAUGUUGGUAAAUUUUUAAUGAGUUAAGAUGAAUAUGAUGAUUAUCGAAUAAAAGAAAAAGAAAGGGAUUAAAUAAUAGAAAGGAAUAAAAAAGUAAAGAAGAAAGGUACUGAAGAAGUAGUUCCAGUAUUAGAAACAAUCUAACAGUUUGAUAAUAAUUGGUAUAUUAUGAGAAAUUAGAAGUUGUAAUUGUUAAAUUUAUCAUUGAAUUAAAUUGAUGAGAAUUCUUUUGUUUAAAUUGAAAAAUUUUUGAACCAAACUAUUGAAGGGUUUUAAUUAGUGUUAACAAAUAAUAAAUUUGAAGAUUAGAAAGCUCUGUAAAGAUUAAAAAAGAAAUAUAACAAAAAAUUAAUGAUAUGA